UAUAUAUAGCCUUGCUUCUCUUGUGAUCCUCUAUAUAUACACAUUUCAUUGCAUACAUUACAUCCUCUCUUUAAUAGUAAUACCCUUUCAUAUAUAACAGUGUCCCACACAUAUCCUCUCUCUGUUAGGUUUAAAUUUUCGUACAUACGAUCAUGGGAAUUGAGAUGGCAGCUUGGUUGCAGUCACUUUGCACGGAUAAGUUCUUCAGGGCAUGCUCAAUUCAUGUAAUGGCCAAGAAAAACGAGAAAAAUAUAUGCUGUUUGGAUUGCUGCACCAGUAUUUGUCCACACUGCGUCCAUUCUCAUCGCUUUCAUAGGCUUCUUCAAGUACGUCGCUAUGUUUAUCACGAUGUUGUCAGACUUGAGGACCUUGAGAAACUCUUUGAUUGCUCCAAUGUUCAGGCGUACACGAUCAAUGCUGCAAAAGUUGUGUUCAUCAGGAAAAGACCCCAGAACAGGCAAUUCAAAGGCUCUGGUAAUUACUGCACUUCUUGUGAUAGAAGCCUCCAAGAACCAUUUUACCAUUGCUCCCUUGGCUGCAAGGUGGAAUUUGUGCUAAAACACUAUAGAGACUUGUCACCAUUCCUGAGAAAAUGCAAGACCUUAAAACUAGGUCCAGACUUCUUCAUCCCACAAGACAUGGGAGACGAUAUAAUUUAUGAUCAUGAAAUGACGAACGAGUCACCCCAUUCGACAAUUGUGGAUUCCGAUGAACAGCCAAUGAGCUAUAACCAUAAUUAUUCAUCCGGCUCCUCGGGCUCCGAGAACAUGAGUAGCAGCAGCAUGUUGUGCACCAAGUUUGUUAGGAAGAAGAGAAGUGGAGUUGUUUAUGUCUGUGGAGUGAAUAAUAAUAUUAGAUCAUCAUCUAAUAAUAACAAGCAGCUGCAUUCAGAUGAAGACAUGGCCACAAGCAUGAGUAGAAGAAAAGGCAUCCCCCAAAGAUCUCCAAUGUGUUAAACUGUAAUCUGUGGGAACAAUUACCACUUGGUCAUAUUUUAUUCUGGGUUCAAACUUUGACUAGCUCAUGGAACUACUUUAACUAAUCUUUGUCUGUGUUUAGUUAAAUAAUUACUUGGUCGGGGGGUUUGUCUUAAUGGUAUCACGUGAUUCCCAGUUCCAAGUAAUGGUGUUGUACAUUUCUAUUACUAGUAUAUUCCAUAAAAUAUGAUUAUGAUUAAUUAUUUCA